AUGUACAGCCAGGAAGUUUUAAUCCUCAUUGAAAAGGUGAUUCUAGAGAUAGUCACCAGUCUGUCCAAAGAUGAAGCUCCAGUUUUGGUCCUACCCAACCGAUCCAGCUGGGCCAAUGUAAGUUUUGACAAAGCCGUUGGCCUUCAAAUGACUUCUGGAAGUUCUGUCACCACAGUUCGGAGCAACUGUUCCUCGUCUGUCACUAAAUUUGGGCACAUUCUCAAGGUUCUAUCCACCAUCUACAAACUUGUGCAGAGCAACGUAUAUGCCACAAAAAGGGACAUCUAUUACAACGACACACAGCUUUUUGGUUCACAGAGGACUGUCGAUUCCAUUGUGGAUGACAUCUCCUGCAUGCUCAAGGUUCCACGCAGAAGACUACAUGUGCUAGCUACGUCCAAGGGCUUCAUCUCAGGUGAUCUUUGUUACCUGGAGGAGGACAGCACCAAGGUGGACUGCCACUCCAACUCCACUGCUACUCCAGUCUCUUCUAAUGUUGGCGGGAUCAGGAACAUUGUGUCAUCUGCUAAGUUUGUUUUGAUAGUGGAGAAGGACGCCACCUUCCAGAAACUGCUCGAUGAUGACUUUUGCACCAAGUUAUCUCCUUGCAUCAUGAUCACAGGUAAAGGUGUCCCGGAUGUGAACAGCAGGCUGAUGGUGAGAAAGCUUUGGGACACCCUGCGCAUCCCUAUAUUUGCUCUGGUGGAUGCUGACCCUUACGGCAUUGAGAUCAUGUGCAUCUACAAGUACGGAUCAGUGGCCAUGUCAUUUCAGGCCCACAGUCUGACCGUCCCCAGCGUUAUGUGGCUAGGCCUCCUCCCCUCUGACCUCCAGAGAUUGAGAGUACCUGAGGAUGCUCUGAUCCCCCUCACACAGAGAGACCAGAAUAAACUGACCAGCCUGCUGAAGAGACCCUACCUGGCCUGCCAACCUGCCUGGCAGAGAGAGAUGGAAAUGAUGCAACGCAGCAAGGUGAAAGCUGAGAUCCAGUCCCUGGCCUCCAUAGCCCCUGAUUUCCUCAGCCGCGUCUACCUGCCAAACAAGCUGCGCUACGGGGGCUGGAUAUGAUCA